AUGGAGGGCGACAUUUUAGAAACAGAGCGGCUGCGGCCAGCUUUCCGACCACAAACGGCGAGCUCUACCGUAUUGUCCAUUCUCGACGCCACGGUUGUUCGAUUCGCGCCUACCGGAGCCAUCUGGAUCUUCGACCAUGACAAACCAUCUGAGAUGGUUGGAUGUCUCAAAGACUCUUUCAUCAAGACGCUCGAAGCUUUCCCUCAAUGGGCGGGCCAGCUUCAGUGGGCUCCGGCCCGCGAGAACGGCUCCCACACAGAGCGUUUCCAUCGACCGAUGAUUACCUACGGCCUAGAUUCAGAUCCUGGAGUUGAAUGGAACGUUGUCCAGCUGGACUCUUCCCCAGCAUCAGUAGCUCCAGAACCCGCCUUGCGAGCUUCCGAUGAACUAUGGAUAGAGACUUUUCCUCAAUCUAGCCUCAUGAUGUCGUCAACGAAGCUGGCUCUACAUGAUCUCGAGACAUUCCAAGGCCUGCCGAGUAUGGUCGUCCAAGUCACUCUUCUGGGCAGCAGCGGCUUCGCUGUGGCCGCAAAGAUGGCCCAUCCACUAGGCGACGCCCAUGCUCUUGUACUAUUCAUGCGUCGAUGGGCGUCAAUCUGUCGCGAUGGGCUUACGAAGCAAGACCUCACGAAAGAUCUGGCGUACCCCAUUUUUGAGCCCAGCUCGCUAGACUCCAGGGCCGCCGGUGACAUUGAUGCCCAUGAUGGCAACCCAGAGCUUAUCUCAAAGGCCCGUUCUCUUCCUUUGCACCGCCAUGACUGGUGGGAUACCACCGACGGACAUCCAGCAACACUUGGCCAGUCGACAAUAAACUCCAAGCCGAAAGAUGCCGCGCUGUUGCAAAAAGCCAUGAUGUCACCUGCGUACCCGCCGCCAUGGGAGAGUUGGCAUAUUUCUAAUCCUGUCACAACUAGUAUCAUUCACUUUACGGGAGACGAGCUAGAGCAAUUAAAAAAGUCAGCUACGUGGACCACAGCCAAGGUGUCACGCCUUGAUGCGCUGCUGGCUCAUGUCUGGGCGGGCAUCAAUCGCGCUCGCUUACCACUGCUGAAGAGCGACGAUGAAGUCUUCUUGGACUUUACUUUAGGAAUCCGCGCUCGGGUUUCGCCGAGUCUCCCAGAAACCUUUGUCGGUUCACCUCUGGUGCUGACGUAUAUUGGCUCUCCUAUCGGCAACGUCGCAGCUGAAGACACCAAGAUUGGAUCAAUAGCCUCGGAGAUCCGCACAUGCCUUGAUCGGUUUACCCCCGAGGCUGUAGCGGCUAUACUUCAUGAAGAAGCGCAUGAAGUCGCGCCUCAGCGUCUAUGGAGGGCAUUUCUUGGCAGGAAGCACACGCUUGUCACUUCGUGGGCCCGGCUUGGAGUUUAUGAUAUUGACUUUGUUGGAAAUGGUUUGCGGCCACGUUAUGUGCAUGCCAUUAUGGUCGCCAUGGAUGGUUUGUUGUGUGUGAUGGACAGUGGGACGCUCGAUGGUGGCGUGGACAUCUCGCUGUGUCUAGAGUCGGAAACGAUGGAGAGAUUUCUGAAAGAUGGCAAGUUGCGAGAAUUCUAA